AUGUCAGAUCAACAAAGUAGUGAACCAGUUAAGCACACAGAAGCUACUGAACAGGCAACUGUCGAGCCAAAAGCACAGGAGUCAGAAAAACAGGAGGUUAGUGAAAAACCGGCUCCAGUUUCAGAGGAAGAAAAUUCUGCUAGUGAAGAACAACCAACCGAACAAACGAACGAACAACACCAGCAACAGCCCCAUACAGGCCAACAAGCUCAACAGCAAAAGGCUAAUGAACAAGCAGUAGACACGAAUCCAGCUAGCGCAGUUGAAGGUGGACGUGAGGUGUCCAAUAAGAUCUUAUACGUUGGAGGAUUACAUAAAUCAGUUUCUGACGAAAUGUUAAAGGAUUUAUUUGCUGUUGCAGGAGCAAUCCAAUCAGUUAAGAUAUUGAAUGAUAAGAAUAGACCCGGAUUCAAUUAUGCGUUCAUUGAAUUUGAGAAUACUCAAUCAGCAGAUAUGGCUUUGCACACGCUUAAUGGAAGAAUCAUCAACAACUCCGAGAUAAAAAUCAACUGGGCAUAUCAAUCCUCUACCAUCAGCUCAUUAAACCCAGAUGAGCCAACGUUCAAUAUUUUCGUCGGAGAUUUAUCCCCUGAAGUUGACGAUGAGACUUUAAACAAGUCAUUCUCUAAGUUUCCAUCAUUGAAGCAAGCCCACGUUAUGUGGGACAUGCAGACCUCGAGAUCUAGAGGUUAUGGUUUUGUUAGCUUUGGCCAACAAGCAGAUGCUGAGUUAGCUUUACAGACUAUGAAUGGUGAAUGGAUUAGUGGUAGAGCGAUCAGAUGUAACUGGGCUUCUCAUAAGCAGUUAAACAACAAUAAUAAUUAUAGAAACAACAACCGUCAUCAUCAAAACAACCGUCAGUUUAGACCGUUUAACAAUGCAAUCCCACAACAGCUUCAAAACCAAAACAACGGAAUGCCUAUCGGAAAUGGCCAAUUUAAUCCAAACCAGCAAGGUAAUAUGCCACCAUCACAACAGCAACUCCACAAUGUUCCACAAGCUAAUAACUCUAAUAAUGGUAACCAGGCAAAUAUUCCAGUCAUGUCUCCCCAAUCGUACGAUAUUGUAUUAAGACAAACUCCUUCAUGGCAAACUACUGUGUAUUUGGGAAACAUUGCUCACUUUACACAGCAAACCGAUUUAAUCCCGUUAUUGCAAAACUUCGGCUUCAUUGUUGAUUUCAAGUUUCAUCCUGAAAGAGGUUGUGCCUUUGUCAAGUAUGAUUCUCAUGAGAGAGCUGCUCUUGCAAUUGUCCAAUUAGCUGGCUUUACUAUCAAUGGUAGGCCAUUAAAAUGUGGUUGGGGUAAAGAUAGACCACCAAUGGGUCAAUUCCAGAACUUCGGCAGAGGUGUUCCACCUCCACCAAUGUACAACCAAGGUAGACCAUAG